AUGUUGACUCUGUUGGUGAAAGUACGGACACUCGCUCGCUCAGCCAUGCCAUCGUUGGUGCCUGUUUUUCGCAUGGUGUCUUCAAGAGGCGGUAAAAAUUUUGUCUUAGGUAAUUCAGGGCUCGUGUCUUGGACGAUGUCUACCACGGAUAUUCCAAAGCAGGUCAAGGAGGUGUUCAUCGUGUCCGCUUGUCGAACGCCGAUCGGAUCUUUCCGAUCUGCGUUUGCUUCCAUGAAGGCGGCUGAACUUGGUUCUGUGGCCAUCAAGGCAGCUGUCAAGCGGGCGGCUAUUAAACCGGACCUGGUGCAAGAAGUGUAUAUGGGAAACGUUCUGCAGGCCGGUGUUGGACAGGCUCCAGCACGGCAAGCUUGUUUGGGAGCCGGCCUGUCGGUGAACGUACCUGCGACCACGAUCAACAAGGUGUGCGCGUCCGGUUUAAAGGCAGUGAUGCUCGGCACCCAAAAUCUUAUGUGUGGUCAACAAGAGGUGAUGGUCGUCGGUGGCAUGGAGAGUAUGUCCAACGUCCCAUUUUACAUUCCUCGAGGCGAAAUUCCAUACGGUGGCGGCAGGAUGAUUGACGGCUUAGUUCAUGAUGGCCUUUGGGAUGCGUACAAAGACAUUCAUAUGGGCGAAUGUGCAGAAAACACGGCCAGCAUCCUGAAGAUCACGCGGGAGGACCAGGACGUGUACGCAUUUGAAAGCUAUCGACGAGCUGCCGCCGCUUGGGCAAAUGGCGUCUAUGCAAACGAGGUGAUUCCAGUAACGGUCAAACAGCCGAAUGGGGUCGAUCGUGUGAUCAGUGAAGACGAAGAAUACACGAAGGUCAAGUUCGACAAAUUCUCCACCCUGCGUCCCGCGUUUAAGAAAGACGGGGGCACAAUUACUGCUGCCAACGCAAGCACGUUGAGCGAUGGCGCCUGCGCCCUUGUUCUGAUGACUGCUGAAGCGGCUGACAAAGCUCACGUCAAACCCCUGGCCAAAGUAGUCGCGUUUGCGGACGCCUCCGUUCAGCCGAUUGAUUUUCCCGUUGCUCCAUCGCACGCUAUGCAGAAAAUCCUCAACCAGUGUGAAUUAGACAAAUCGGCGAUUGGUCUGUGGGAAAUCAACGAAGCAUUUUCUGUAGUCGCUUUAGCUAACAUAAAGCUUAUGGGUCUGAAGCCAGAUUUGGUAAACGUUCAUGGAGGAGCCGUCUCAUUAGGUCAUCCGUUGGGCAUGUCCGGUGCUCGCUUAGUCACUCAUUUGGUCCACACCCUGAAACAUGGUCAGAAGGGGAUGGUUGGCAUAUGCAAUGGCGGCGGUGGUGCAUCUGCGAUGAUGAUCGAAAGGCUAUGA